GGUCUACAGAGUGUGGGUUGGUGUUGAUCUGUGGUCAGAGUGAAGGAUGAGGGCGAAGACGCUGCUGCUGCUGCUGUUGCUCGCUGUUCUGGCAGAGCGGCAGCUGGCGGCAGGAAGCCACCCUGACCGCUCCAUGCCCGGAUCUCCGCACAACAUCAGCACUGAUGACCGCGGCCUCCAGCAGGUCGUCCUCACCGCCGCCUACUCCUUCAACAACCAAUCAAAUGAUGCCUUUCUCUUCAAACCAUCAGCCAUCCACAGAGCACAGCGACAGAUUGUUAAAGGGAUCCGGUAUGUUGUGGAUUUGAACAUUUCCAGGACAGUUUGCCGUAAACGUGAUAACAGUGAUCUGUCCAGGUGUGAGUUCCAGCCUGCAGGUCGUCUUCAUCAGACGUUCCGGUGUCACCUGGAGGUUUGGGAGAUUCCCUGGAAACAUCAGAGCAGAAUGGAGGAGUUUCUCUGUAAAACCUGAAGGAGCAGCGGACGGCGUCACUUCCUGCCGCCAUCUAGACUCGCUGCUUUUCAGAAGGAACUGAAAGACGGAACACUGAAUGAUUAAUAAAGCUGAUGUUGAACAUGA